AUGCAGAGGCAGAAUCCAAUUGCCAAGAUGAUGGAGGCUAGAAACAGUUGCGUUCAACGGGAUUCCCAUCCGAAAGAUCCUAGAGGUGGAUAUCAAGAAGGAGUCCAAUCGACCAAAAGGGGUCCAAUUGUCAGACCAGAAUCUAGUGGAAUUUCCAUUACCAAUAUUCCGCCUUAUCCAGGCUACCAUCAAGGAUCUCUUGUUUAUACCAAGCCACCCAAACUGAACCAGGCUGGAAGAACAGUAACCAAAUCAGUUUGAGAACGCAAGCUUUGUUCCACACUGACAAAGGUGGAGCACCAGAAGUUGAAAAUGCCUCCAAUGACUGUCUUUAUGAGUUGAAGCCUAACAGCAAAAGACAGAGACCUAGCACUUCAACAGUUGCCAUUUUGCAUUCCAGUGGAGAAGGAAAUAGUUUCAAUCUCUGCGUGAGAGAGACCCGAGGAGAAGAAGCAUGUCUUCUGAAUGCUCAUCGACAAACCCGAUCGAAGCUCAAAUUCAUGGAGAACUUGGAGAACAUUUUGCACUGAGGAGAGGGAACCAUCAAUAAAGAUCAGUAGAUCAUCCGCAAAACACAAGUGAGUGAGACCUGACUUUUCACACUUUGGAUGAUACUUGAAACGAUUCUCUUCCGCUGCCUGAUUUAACAUAUGUGAGAGACAGUUUAUAGGUAUGAUAAAAAGGUAGGGAGAUAAAAGGUCUCCUUGUCUUAGUCCUCGUUUACUCUUGAAGUAACCAUGCACUUUUCCAUUGUAACCCACCGUGAAAUGAGGAAUAGUGAUGCAAGUUCUUAACCAGUUGAUGUAUUGAUUUGGCAUCGAUAGACCCAAUAGGCAGUUGAACAAGAAAUCCCAAGAUAAACAAAUGUUCAAAAGAAAAAGAUAUAUUAGCAAAACAUUGCCCUUCCUCUAUUGUAUACUUCUAUUUUUAUUCGUGUAAUAACGGUUUACUACAUGAUGAUUUCAGAAAUUCACAUUAAUAAUAAUAAUACAAUAGAUGUUACGUAGAAAAAUAUUGGAAGAUACAAACAACGUCGUUAGCAAUUAUUUGACAAUUUUGCCCUUGAGUAUCCACCUAGAAGCGAGACAUGAUCUAAUAUACCUUUCUCUCUCAAAUUAUAAUCUCUUAUAUCCCUCAAUAAUCUACAUACCCCUCUUAUCAAUGAAUUACCGAUUUUACCCUUAAUGAAUUUAAUCAGAAUUUUUUUUUUUAUAAAAAAUCCCACUCUCUCUCCUUCACCCAUAACCCACGACGAACUCUCCUCUCUCUUCU